GGCAUGCUGGAGAGGCUAAACAGUGAGACGAUAACAGAGAGCCUCUUGCUCACCAAAAUGGCGGGGGCCUUAGCUCUCGCUGCUGCCGCCAUGGCAACCCCCGCUUCCUCUGCAACUCGCCUCUGUUCUCUCUCUUCAUCGAGUUUCAUUCACUUUCUCUGUCUUCGAAACCCUAGAUAUGGCCUCUUUCGUCUUAGAGCUCUACUCUCUUUCCAUACCUGUUCCUCUCUUCUCUCUCCUCCUUCUCCUUCUAUGUCCUCUUCAGCUCGUCCAUUAUCUUUUCCUUCGCCAUCAAGGCUCUGUCGUUGCAGUAGCACUUCAACGGGAGAGUUGGCGUUGAAGAUGAGUGAGAGCGGAGAGAAGGUUCGUGAGUUUAGAAAGAGGUUGAAGAUUGCAGAGAUAAAGGGCGGGCAUGAUGAGGGUUUGGAUCGAUUAGGGCAAAAUCUGGUUGUUCGGGGAUGGGUGCGCACUUGUAGAGUUCAGAGCUCCAUCACUUUCAUCGAGGUUAAUGAUGGAUCAUGUCUUUCCAACAUGCAGUGUGUUAUGAACGAUGAUGCAGAAGGUUAUGAUCAGGUCUUAUCUGGCUCGGUCAAUACUGGUGCAUCUGUAUGUAUAGAGGGGAUACUGGUAAAGAGUCAAGGAUCGAAGCAGAAAGUGGAACUGCAAAUAGAGAAACUCAUUAUUGUUGGGCAAUGUGAUCCUAUAUCCUUUCCUAUCCAAAAAAAGAGGGCAAGCAAAGAAUAUCUAAGAACCAUAGCCCAUCUUCGUCCUCGGACAAACACAUUCGGUGCAGUUAUGAGAGUAAGGAAUGCCUUGGCAUAUGCUACUCAUAAGUUUUUCCAAGAAAAUGGAUUUGUUUGGAUUGCUAGUCCAAUUAUUACUGCUUCAGAUUGUGAAGGUGCUGGUGAGCAGUUCUGUGUGACGACAUUGUUUCCCAGCUCUCGAGAGGGACAUAAUUCAGGAGUCAGUGACAUACCAAGUACAAAGGAUGGCUUAGUUGAUUGGUCCCAGGAUUUCUUUGGAAGACCUGCCUUCUUGACAGUUUCUGGACAACUGAACGCGGAAACAUAUGCAACUGCCCUUUCUGAUGUAUACACUUUUGGUCCAACUUUUCGAGCAGAAAAUUCCAACACGUCAAGGCAUUUAGCUGAGUUCUGGAUGAUCGAACCUGAACUUGCUUUUGCUGAUCUUGACGAUGACAUGGCCUGUGCAACUGCCUUUCUCCAGUAUGUAGUAAGAUAUGUUCUUGAGAAUUGCAAAGAAGACAUGGACUUCUUUAAUACUUGGAUUGAGAAAGGGAUUAUCCGUCGAUUAAGUGAUGUGGCUGAAAGGGACUUUGUGCAGUUGACAUACACUGAUGCCAUUGAACUGCUUCUAAGAGCAAACAAGAAAUUUGAGUUUCCGGUAAAGUGGGGGUGUGAUUUGCAAAGUGAGCAUGAACGUUACAUAACUGAAGAUGCAGUCGGAGGUUCUCCUGUAAUCAUUAGGGACUAUCCUAAGGAUAUCAAGGCUUUCUAUAUGCGGGAAAAUGAUGAUGGAAAGACAGUUGCAGCCAUGGACCUGUUGGUACCUCGGGUAGGGGAGCUUAUUGGCGGUAGCCAACGUGAAGAGCGCCUUGAAUUUCUUGAAAAUCGUUUGCAUGAAUUGGAGCUCAACAAGGAAACUUAUUGGUGGUACCUUGACCUCCGCCGUUUUGGUUCAGUUCCUCAUGCUGGUUUUGGGUUGGGUUUUGAGAGGCUUGUACAAUUUGCAACCGGGAUUGAUAAUAUUAGGGAUGCAAUUCCAUUUCCCCGAUCACCAGGUUCUGCUGAAUUCUGAUUCACAGAGUUUCAUUUCCUAUUUAUUUAUCUUUAUAGAAAUUUAAUUGGAGCUCCUCACUUUUGGUCAAAAUUUUGUACGAUCUAUCAUGCUGUAUCUGUCAAGUUCUACUAAUAAUAAUGUGCUUUCGAAAUAAUGUGCUUUAGAAAUAUGUGAAUUAUGUGAUUUAAAAUUAAGAAGAUCUUCCAUCUGUUGUGGAACAUCGAACAAAUUUAUUCAUCAUGAUUAAAUGGAAUACAAUGGUUGGGAUACUGAAGGGA